UCCCGAAUCCCAGCCUCAGGUAACUGGUGGAGGCUGCAACCACUGGCGGGCGGGGACGCCCUCUCCGACUGGGCCUUAGAGUCUGGAAUGGCCCUGAUUCGCAGUCUUCGGUUCCGCCCUGCGAGGUCCGGCCACGUGGUGGGCGGACCUGGGCAGUUUUGAUCCUGAGACCUCACAGGACCCCGAGUCCCGCCCAGAGUCCAGGGCGGACGACAAGCGGCGAGCGCGGGCCAAGACCAGCCGAGAGCGAGCUCACCACGGCAGGGCCGCACCAUGGCCAGCGAAGGUAGCGAGGGCGAGCACCCGUCCGUGACGCUCUUCCGUCAGUACCUGCGCAUCCGCACCCUCCAGCCCGAGCCCGACUAUGGGGCAGCUGUGGCCUUCUUUGAGGAGAGAGCCCUCCAGCUGGGCCUGGGCUGUCAGAAAGUGGAGGUGGCACCUGGCCGUGUAGUGACCGUGUUAACCUGGCCAGGCACCAACCCCAGACUCUCCUCCGUGUUGCUCAACUCCCAUACGGAUGUGGUUCCUGUCUUCCAGGAAUAUUGGAGUCAUGAUCCCUUUGAGGCCUUCAAGGAUGCAGACGGCUACAUCUAUGGCAGGGGUGCCCAGGACAUGAAGUGUGUCAGCAUCCAAUACCUGGAAGCUGUGAGGAGGCUGAAGGCUGAAGGCCACCAUUUCCCCAGAACCAUCCACUUGACUUUUGUGCCAGAUGAGGAGAUUGGGGGUCACCAAGGCAUGGAGCUGUUUGUGAAGCGGCCUGAGUUCCAGGCCCUGAGGCCUGGCUUCGCCCUGGAUGAGGGCCUGGCCAACCCCACUGACGCCUUCACUGUCUUUUACAGUGAGCGGAGCCCCUGGUGGGUGCGGGUCACCAGCACCGGGAAGCCGGGCCACGGCUCGCGAUUCAUUGAGGACACAGCAGCAGAGAAGCUGCACAAGGUCGUGAGCUCCAUCCUGGCUUUUCGGGAGAAGGAGAGGCAGAGGCUGCAGUCAGACCCUCAACUGAAGGAGGGGGCUGUGACCUCCGUGAACCUGACUAUCCUAGAAGGCGGCGUGGCUUUUAACGUGGUACCUGCCACCAUGAGUGCCAGCUUUGACUUCCGCGUGGCCCCGGAUGUGGACCUGAAGGCUUUCGAGGGGCAGCUGCAGGACUGGUGCCAGGCAGCUGGCGAGGGGGUCACCUUCGAGUGUGCUCAGAAGUGGACAGAGCCCCAAGUGACACCUACUGAUGACUCAGACCCUUGGUGGGCAGCAUUUAGCGGGGCCUGCAAAGACAUGAACCUCACUCUGGAGCCAGAGAUCUUCCCCGCUGCCACGGACAGUCGCUAUCUUCGUGCGGUAGGGGUCCCGGCUCUGGGCUUCUCACCCAUGAACCGCACGCCUGUCCUACUCCACGACCACGAUGAACGGCUGCACGAGGCCGUGUUCCUCCGUGGGGUCGACAUAUACACUCGGCUGCUGCCUGCCCUGGCCAGUGUGCCGGUCCUGCCCAGUGAAAGCUGAGCCCCGUGCAGUCCAACCUCCACCCUGGACCACUGCCAAGGAGCUCCCUUCCCUCCUGCCCUACAAUAAAGUCUCUGUGAACUGGG